GGGAGAGUAAAACUCUAUGAGGAGAGGCAGUCUCUCAUUUUCCAACCCAACAUUUUCUGGAUCGAGCGGGAGGGACGGAUUAUGGAGGGACCCCUCAGAUUGACAACUGAUGAAAUCUACAUCUCACUGCUGCUGUAGCGUUUCCUAUUCAUCACCAUCAUCAUCAUCACCAGCAGCAGCAGCAUCAUCAGCAUCAUCAUCGUCAGUGCGAGCGGCGCGCGCUUCACCUUCUCCACAUUCUCGGGGCCACGAGAGCGCAAGGGCGCAAAGAUGAACAUCCCGGUCCUGUCCGAGAACAAGCUGUCCGCGGUGGCCCCGUUAAAACAGUUGAACGUGGAGAAGAAGGAAGUGGAGCUCAUCCUGGUGAAGGAGCAGAACGGGGUCCAGUACACGAAUUCCUCUAUAGUGGCCUCUCCGAGCUCUCGCGGCUGCACCUCCGGAUCCGCGGAUGAUGAAGAGCGAGAGACAUGGGGCAAGAAACUGGACUUUCUGCUUUCGGUCAUAGGCUUUGCCGUGGACCUGGCAAAUGUGUGGAGGUUCCCCUACCUGUGUUACAAAAACGGAGGAGGUGCCUUUCUGAUCCCAUACAUUCUGUUCCUGUUCAUUGCUGGGAUGCCACUAUUUUACAUGGAACUAGCCCUGGGUCAAUAUAACAGAGAGGGAGCAGCUACUGUUUGGAAAAUCUGCCCUGUAUUUAAAGGUGUUGGCUACACGGUGAUCAUCAUAGCUUUGUAUGUGGGGUUUUACUACAACGUCAUCAUAGCUUGGUCGUUGUAUUACUUAUUUGCCUCGUUGACGAAUGAGCUGCCCUGGCUCAAAUGUGGCAACACGUGGAACAGCCCCAACUGCACAGAUCCACAUCUCAUUAAUGGCUCCUUCUUGGCUAAUGGAACCAGCUACGCCAAGUACAAGAACACACCUGCCGCAGAGUUCUACGAGCGCGGGGUGCUGCACAUCCACGAGAGUAAAGGCAUCCAUGACCUGGGUCUUCCUCGCUGGGACCUCACCCUCUGCCUCGUUGUGGUUGUCUUCAUCCUCUACUUCAGCUUGUGGAAGGGGGUCAAAUCAUCGGGAAAGGUGGUGUAUAUUACAGCUACUAUGCCCUACAUAGUGUUAUUGGUGUUGCUGAUUCGAGGUAUCACUCUCCCUGGUGCAAUGAAUGGAAUUAGGGAAUAUAUCCACGUUGACCUGAACAAGCUCAAUAACCUACAAGUAUGGAUUGAUGCAGCUACUCAGAUUUUCUAUUCUCUAGGAGCUGGGUUUGGAGUCCUCAUUGCCUACGCUAGCUACAAUAAAUUUGACAAUAACUGCUACAGGGAUGCUAUCCUGACCAGCACUAUUAAUUGCAUUACCAGUUUCUUCUCAGGGUUUGCCAUCUUCUCAGUACUGGGGUAUAUGGCUAAUCGGCAUGGCGUCGACAUAAAGGAUGUGGCCACUGAAGGAGCUGGACUGGUAUUUAUUAUAUACCCAGAAGCGAUUUCAACUCUACCUGGAUCUACAUUCUUUGCAAUAGUUUUUUUCAUUAUGCUUCUGACCCUUGGGAUUGACAGCUCUAUGGGCGGCAUGGAGGCAGUAAUCACUGGACUCUCAGAUGACUUCAAAAUUCUCAAGAGGAAUAGAAAGGUUUUUACAUUCGCUACAGCAUUUGGGACAUUCCUUGUAGCGCUCUUUUGCAUCACAAAUGGUGGGAUCUAUGUAUUGACCCUGUUGGACAAAUAUGCAGCAGGGACAUCAAUUCUGUUUGCGGUGCUGAUCGAAGCUAUUGGAGUGUCUUGGUUUUAUGGCGUGGACAGAUUUAGUGAAGAUAUUGAACGCAUGAUGGGCUUCAAACCAGGAAUCUACUGGAGACUUUGUUGGAAGUUCAUCAGUCCAGUCUUUCUAUUGUUUGUAGUGAUCGCCAGCAUUGUUACCUCCAGUGAGCUGAGAUACGAUGAGUAUGGUUUCCCUUACUGGUCGAAUGUGGUGGGCUGGUCCAUAGCUUUGUCGUCCAUGCUGUUUGUACCCAUCUAUGCCUUAUACAAAUUCCUUUGUAUGCCAGGCACCUUAAAAGAGAGGAUAGCAUACUGCAUUACUCCAGAACAUGAACACCACAUGGUGACGGAGGGUAAUGUCAGGCAGUUCAAGCUAAGACAUUGGUUAGCCAUCUGAUGAAGGGGUCAGGUGGGGGUGCCCAAUAAAACGCUACUUGAAUGCUGGAAAAGAUUGUGUGUGAAAGAGAAAAGUUUCUGGAAAGGUCUAUUAAUGUACAAAAAGGGUCCCUAUAAGAAAAGGACAGAAUGAAGUUGGAUUUGCGUGUUUCUCAACAACACACUAUACUGCCCAGACUGCUCCAUUUGUGUUCAGUGGUUGACUUGACUUUUUUUAGAUUGUAAGGCAAAAUUAUUGUAAUUGUAUAAUUAAAUUUAUUUUUUAUAAUCCAUGUAUUUUCCACUUUUAUGAUUUUUGAAAUGAACUAAAUUAGUUUGUAAUUAUUUUACUUUGUAAUGUCAUGGCUGUGGGUCACUUUUCAUGAAAAUGUCAACAAAACUGCUACAGGUAUAAUAUCCUCAAUGGCUGGGAAGUUGAGUGCGUGUUUAUGUGGAAUAAGGGUGCGGGGCAUGUUAACUUACACUAUACUGUAUUUCACAGAGUGAGUUGUUGAGGUUUAGGUAACACACUGAAAAAUGGAAACUCCCUUGAUCCAGGAGAUCUUUUACUUGAUAAAAGCAGGCUUUGAGGGUUUUGAGUCAUUGCUGUUUUCGAAUCCAGCUGUGGGUUUUACCAUGUUUUCCAAGAAUGAUUUGGUUUUGCAACAGCUGGGUUUCAUCACGGGUCCACCAAGACUUAUCUCAAGCACAUCUUUCCUUUUUUGACACACCUCACAAAGUAGACGUACACCACUUUGUCAGUGCCUUAUCUAGCCAUACACUUCCUGUCAUUAAGUCACUCAUCCUCAUGAAGAGAGUGCAGGGACACUCUUGUUGGGCAUCUCAUUGAGGAGAGAGCCUUCAGAAUCUAAUGCUAAGGGAACUUCAUGCUUUUAAAAUGAACUAAGAUUCAUUCCCAUGAUCUGCCUCAGAUAGAGUUUUAGAUCUCUUUGCUAUUAUUUUAAUAUUAGGUAAAAGGGAUUUUUUAUUUUUGUUUUGUGAGUUUGCUCAAUGGACCAACAUUAAGCAUUAAGCUUUAGCUAUUGCCUUGACUUCGAGAAACAUUAUUACACAAAAAAUAUUUACUACAUGAUAAAUGCGCUACCUUGCGGCACUGAGCAUUAAAUGUCUUACAUUUUAAAGGGAUAGUUCACCCAAAAUUGAAAAUUCUAUCAUUUACUCACCCUCAGAUUGUUCCAAACCUGUGUAAA